AAACCAAAACAGCGCAAAGCUCCUUCAAAUCACAUCAGCAGUUUUCCAGAAUGUGAGGAUAAAUUUGCCCCGAAAUUCAGAAUUUCUACCGAAACCUAAGUGAAAAAGAAGUCAAUCGGCUAACCGAAGCGGAACCAGAUUUGGAACCAGCGUCGUCAGACUACUUUGCAACGCGGACAACUCGAACGUGCCUCAAACUUCAUCGUUCCACGACACACGACUUCCAGUGGAAAAAGCCUGCUGGUCCACGGGACGUCCUGCUGGAAUCAACUACCCCUGGCCAUCAAGAGAGAGACGCACACUUUCGCUUUCAAGCGCGCAUUAGUUCGUGAAAAUCAGAAUUAGAUUUAACGAGAAUUAAACGAAUCCCCCGGCAGCUCAGAACUCAUCACAAGUCAAACCCGAACAAAUGGAUUCCGACGAAUCAGAACUCUGCUUGGAAUCGUUCGCACCGUCACCGCAGCCAGAUGACUUCGAACCGAAACCAGCUUCACCAUCCCCGGAUCCUUUGGACAUCAAGGAAGAACCGAUAGAGUUCGAACCCAGCCCCCAGUUCCAAGUGGCCGCCCCCGAUCCGCUGCAGAUCCAGGGCUGUCUGUUCUGCUUCCGCGAACUGGCCAACGGACUCGGCGCCGAAGAUCCGUCGCUGCCCAAAAAGAUCGAGUUCGUGCUGGUGGCCAAGUUCAACUUCCGGAAGGCGCCCUACAAGGUCCCGUGCUGCACCAGCUGCGUGAAAAUGUUCAACCUGUUCUACACGUUCAAGCGAAGCUGCCUGACGGCACUGGUCCGGCAGGAUGAGCAGCGAAAGGCGAAGGUUUUGGAACCGAUCGAGCUGGAAGCGGCAAAAAAGAAACCUGCUGCCGUGCGGGAAAAGGAACCGGAAGCGCUCGCUGAAUUUCAACAGUUGCUGCCGGAAGUGACGCUCGUGAAGGUCGCGAAGCAGACGGUGCAACCGAAGCAGCCAUCGGUGGCCGUUUUCAAUUGUUCCAUAUGUCCAGCGACCUUCAUCAACAAAAACGAAUAUGGCUAUCACAUGAACGAGCACAAAGGUGGCAAUAUAGAGGCGAGAAGGUUUCGAAAGGUAUUGAUUGAUUUGUUUUUUAGACAUAAAUCCCUUCAAAUGUGGGAUCACCACUUGCCAGCAAGCGUUUCCCAGUCCGAAGGCGUGUACUCAGCAUGA